UCAAUUCCAAAACAUAUCAAUCUCCUUCUUGCUACAACACACAUCACUUGAAUAACAUUUAGAGAUCAAUUCCAAAACAUAUCAAUCUCCUUCGUCUAUAUAACACUUCUACAUCACUUGAAUAAUUCUUCGACAGAUAAGAUAAGUCAAAGUAUGGAGAAGUCAACGAUCAAAACUCCAUUGAGAAAGCUAAGAAGAAGACGAACAAAACGAUCCUGGAAACUGAAGCAAAAGCUCAAGCUGGCAUGGAAGUCUAUCAAGAUCAGGGUCAGGUCACAUCUUCCGAAUUUCUUGUCAACCAAGAAACGCCUCACACACAUGAAAUCAAGAAAUCAAGAACAAGAAUUAGCCCAAACGGCCAGGAGGAUCUGCAAAAUCUCCAACGACGCCACCAACUCUCUGGCUUAUCUGCUUCAGCUUCCAAAGUAUUCAGCCUCUGAUUUUCUAGACCGCGGGGAUAUGAUGACUCCAGCUGCGUCUCCAAGGGAAAACAUAUCCAAAGCGUGGCGUGAGCUUCACGGUUCCAAGAACUGGGAGAAUCUUCUUGAUCCUCUGCAUCCAUGGCUGAGGAGAGAGAUAACCAAAUAUGGAGAGUUCGUUGAAUCAGUCUAUGAUUCACUCGAUUUCGAUCCUUUAUCUGAGUUUUGCGGAAGCUGUAGAUACAACAGGAACAAACUCUUCGAAGAGCUUGGUUUAACAAGACAUGGCUACAAGGUAACCAAAUACAUCUACGCCAUGUCUCAUGUCGAUGUUCCCCAGUGGUUCUUAAGAUCAUCUUUGGGAGAGACAUGGAGCAAAGACUCGAACUGGAUGGGUUUUGUCGCUGUGAGUGGAGACAGAGAGUCGUUAAGGAUCGGUCGGAGAGACAUUGUUGUGGCGUGGCGUGGAACCGUGACUCCUACUGAAUGGUUCAUGGAUCUUAGAACUAGUAAAGAGCCGUUCGAUUGUAAAAGUGAACAUGGCAAGAAUGUGGUCAAGGUGCAAAGCGGGUUCUUCAGUAUCUACAACUCCAAAAGCGAGCUCACAAGGUACAACAAAGAAAGUGCAUCUGAGCAGACAAUGGAGGAAGUGAAGCGGUUAGUGAAGUUUUUCACGGAUAGAGGCGAAGAGGUGAGCUUAACCGUGACCGGUCAUAGUCUUGGAGGCGCGUUGGCUCUUAUGAACGCUUACGAGGCAGCCAGAGAUGUUCCGGAGUUAUCUGGUAAUGUUUCUGUGAUCUCGUUUGGUGCGCCGAGAGUAGGUAACUUGGCUUUCAAGGAAAGGAUGAACAGUUUAGGUGUUAAGGUUUUGCGUGUUGUGAAUAAGCAAGACAUUGUCCCUAAACUUCCAGGUAUCGUGUUCAACAAGGUUCUAAACAAACUCAACCCCAUAACUUCGAGGCUCAGCUGGGUCUACAGGCACGUUGGAACGCAGCUUAAGCUAGAUGUAUUCAGUUCCCCUUAUAUAAAACAAGAUUCUGAUCUGGCGGGGUGUCACAAUCUAGAGGUGUAUCUCCAUGUUUUGGAUGGCUUCCACCGCAAGAAAUCAGGGUUUAGGGUUAACGCCAGGAGAGACGUUGCCUCUGUGAACAAGAGCACAGAUAUGUUAUUGGAUCAUCUGAGAAUACCUGAGUGUUGGUACCAAGUGGCACAUAAGGGUCUGAUCCUUAACAAACAGACCGGUAGGUGGGUGAAGCCGGUCCGUGCGCCAGAAGACAUCCCCUCUCCAUUAUCGACCGGACCAAGACCAAUUUAUAGCUUAUGAAAAAUAAUAUAUUUCAAUUCCAUUUGUUCGUUUUUUGAAUGUUUUGUUUUUGUGAGUUUUGGUUACAACAUUUAAAGUGAAUGUACAGAGAUCAAGUUGUGGAAGUAUAUUAGAGUUUGACCA